UCACUUCAUUUGUUUCCGGUUUAAAAAAUUGGCGGCACAUGCUAUUUAAAGGUUUAAAUUAGACCAAAAAAGCGAAAGUACCCAAAGUUUGACACUUGCAUUUGGCGGUUUACCCUUUAGGAUGUCCUCCUUUAUGGGCACCCCUCAAUUCUCAUACCAAGACUGGUUGGAAAAUGCAGCCAGACAGGUGGAUAAACAGCUUCAGGAUGACAGAAGCUACCAAGAAUUGUCUGAUCAACUUAAGGUCCCAGUUCACAAUCAACCAAGCUUAAGUGGAUUGAAUGAGUUAGAUUAUCCUAGCUUACCAGAAGCUGGAAUUUCUAUUGAAAACUUGUGUGAGAUUAGCAAUGUGAAAAGAGUUCCACUGCCCCCUGAACUGGUAGAGCAGUUUGAACGGAUGCAGUGUAAUUGCAUGAUGGGACUGUUUCCCACCAUUGAGAGAGCGUGGUUGACCAUUGAUAGUGAUAUUUUUGUGUGGAGAUAUGAAGAUGGCACUGACUUGGCGUACUUUGAUGGCCUGAAUGAAACCAUACUCAGUGCUGCUCUAGUGAAACCAAAGCCAGGUAUUUUCCAGCCACAUAUCCAGUAUUUACUUUGUCUGGCUACCCCUGUGGACAUAGUAUUACUAGGAGUCAGUUUCUCCAAACCCUACCAUGAUGUGACAGCUGACAGUGGCAGCGGUGAAAUGCAUCUCCUUCCUGAGCCCCUCUUUUCCAUCCCAACAGACAAUACAUAUAUAGUUAGCAUUAAAGGGGCCCCCAAUGGGAGAAUCUUUAUGGCAGGAAAAGAUGGCUGUUUGUAUGAACUGGCUUAUCAGGCUGAUGAUGGAUGGUUCAGUAGAAAAUGCAGGAAGAUAAAUCACUCAACCAGUACCCUGUCUUUCCUUGUCCCAUCUUUUCUCAACUUUUCCUUCAGCGAGGAUGAUCCUUUGCUACAGCUGAGUUUGGAUGACUCCAGAAAUAUUCUUUAUGCCUGCACUGAGAAAGGGACAAUUCAGGUAUUUGACCUUGGACAAGAUGGGAAGGGUAUGAGUAGAGUGGCCUCCAUACCACUGAAUAAUGUGGUCCACAGUGCCUCCCUCAUUGCCAGAACUGUGGAGAGGUCCAAUUUCAAGCCCAUUGUCCAUAUCAGUGCCUUGACAAAGUCAGAGUCAACAAAUAUUCACCUUGUUGCCAUCACAAAAACUGGUGUUCGGCUGUACUUUACUACCAACCCAUUUGGUAACAACAAAGGACGGCCCAGCAUGCUGACCCUGGUUCAUGUUCGACUUCCUCCAGGGUUUUCUGCCUCUACUGUUGUUCAUAAACCACAGAAUGUUCAUAUGGCUUAUCACAAGAAAGGAACUUUGUUACUGGUGGCCUCCCAGACAGAAGACAAUGAUUUACUGUGGACCAUUAGUAAUGACUCGUUCCCAUUCCAAGGGCAGCUCAUGGAGGCUCAUAGUACCAUCCCUAUAGACGGUCGUACCUGGGCUAUGUGUGAGGUGACAUCGGGGGAGACCAGUGUCACUGUAGACAAACCGGAUCCUCCAUCAGUGGUCACUCAACACUCAGAGUCCCCGAGACAGUUUGUUCUUCUCAGUGCUCAGGGUAGUCAUAUAUUCUCUAAGAUGAGGCCUGUGGAUCAGCUGAGACAGCUGUUGAUUGAUUUUCAGGGACCAGAUGCAGAGGAGGUCAAGGCAUUCUUUAGACUACACAAGAUUGAGCAGGCGUGUUCUACCUGUCUUAUCCUGGCUUGUUCUAGGAUCGCAGCAGAUCAGCAGGUUGCCACCUGGGCUACCAUGGCCUUCUUUAUGUAUGGUGGAGAGCCUCAACUUCAUUUUACUGGUACUCCAAUGGGCACCGAUGGUAGGAUGAUGCCAAGCAACCUGGGAGCUAUGGGUUUACAUCAGACAUCCACCCCAGCUCCAGGAAUGGGACACCCAUACUUUCACCCAGCCAUGACUCCAGGACCUAACAUUACACAGGAAAUAGCCUUCUCAGGAAAACACAAUGGAAUCUGUCUGUACCUAGCCAGAAUCCUCAGGUCAAUUUGGGAAAAUAAUGUCACAAUGGAUUAUCCCUGCCAAUCAACACAAGGAGUCACAAAUUAUCUAACAAGCAGAAUAAAUGGUGAUGACUUGAACAAAAUUUUGGAGAAUGUCAGGGGGCUUUCAGACUUUGUGGAAUUCAACUCUAGAUUUGAUACUGGGCCAUCAGAGGGGAUGAUGUCACAAGUGCCAUUUUCUCCACACAUGAUGGGACACAUUGAUGAGCAAGGACGCAAAAAGUUACAAGGUAAUCACCAGGCCUCAAUGUGUGGUGCUUUAAUAACCUGUUUAAUUAAUCGUUACCUGGAUGACAAUGCUACAAUUGAUGCUAUCAGUAGCAGGCUACGAGAAGUGUGUCCAUCUCUCUAUAGCUCGGAUGAUGCCACCUGUUCAAAGGCUAAUGAACUCUUACAAGCUGCCAAAAUCAAUAAAAAUCAAAACGAAAAGAUGACACAGCUGAAUGAGGCAUUGAAGCUAUACAAAGAGGUGUCCCAGCCCCUUCAGCUGCCUGUGGUCUGUACCCAGUUUGCCUUGGUCCACUACUACACAGGUAUUGUUGACCUGUGCCUGACCCUGGCAAAAAAGAGGGACCCCCAGAAUCUGGCCCUCCAUUUCUACAGGAGUGGGGAGCCUCAGGAGGAUAUCCAGGGAAUGACAGCUUAUAUGACAAGGAUGGAAUGCUACAACUGUAUCACAGACACCCUGGCCUAUCUCCUGUCUGCCAGCGUCUCCCACCCCCACGCUCCCAGUGUUCCUAAGUCCCCGGGUCCACCCCCACAACCAGAUCCCAACAGGAUGACCACUCACGAUGCAGAAAAACACAAGGAAGAAGUUUUCCGCAUGUCGCUUAAAUCUGAUGACGAGUUGUUCCAUGUUGCUCUGUAUGACUGGUUUUUUAAUGCUAACCUCACAGAAAAAUUGUUAGAGGUGCAAACACCAUUUAUAGAGCCAUAUUUAAAAAGGAAAGCCACAUGUUCAUCAGAAGCAAUAGGAGCCCUUGAUAUGUUGUGGAAGUACUAUGAGAAAUGUAGAAACUUUUCUGCUGCAGCCAGAAUUUUAUCAAGGCUGGCAGAAAGACUAGGGACUGAUGUGAACCUACAACAGAGGAUAGAGUACCUGUCGCGGGCCAUCAUGUGUGCCAAGAGUUCCUCCACCAGGACCAGCUCAGCCGUGGAGGGAGAGUUCCUACAUGAACUGGAGGAGAAAAUGGAGGUGGCUCGCCUACAACUCCAGGUCCAGAGAGCUCUAAGUAAACUCCCCAGUAAUAUUCUAGAUGUCCAGUACGCACUCACAAGUCUAGAUUCAGAACUCAUGGACCUAACCAGGCUGUACGAAGACUUUGCAGACAGGUUUGACCUCUCAGAAUGCAAACUGGCCAUCGUCCAUUGUGCAGGAUUGUAUGAUGGGGCCCUCAUUGAGAAUCUCUGGCAGAACAUUAUUGAUAAAGAAAUUGAAGCUACGAUUAAUAUGAAUCCCGGCCUAAGAACAACAAAUCUUCAGAACAAGUUGUUACCGAUUGGCAGACUGUAUAUAAAGUCAGAUAGAUACUUUCCCAUUGCUUUCCUUGUAAAGCAUUUGGAGCAGAGGAGUUGUGAUCUGGAUUUAAACACUAGAUGGGUAUUUCUUCUGAUGUUGGACAUUGGUGUGCCUCCUUCCAAACUGCUGGAAAUUUAUGACAGACUCUUCAAAUCCAGGGAUCCAUAUUGGCAACAGGUUCAGAAACCAUUACGACUACUAGAAGUUCUUCAUGAUUUAUUGUCACACAUUUGCGAAAAUCGGGCCAUCAUUCCAGCUUAUGAAAGGCGAUCAUUUACAACAAUGUGUUUGGAUUUUGUGUCUAACUACCUGGUAGAACUUCAGACCAUGAGAAGCACGCCACAACAAGCAGCUGUUGUUAGUCAUUUUAAACGCCUUCAGGCUCAGCUGGAGAGAUUCUAACAUCAAAGACAUAAAAAACUUCAGGAUCACCAAUUCUAACAUCAAACAGGGACAUAGAAACAUCUUUUUUAUUACUAUACAAGCAUCAAACAUUAUUGUUAUUAAAAUUGAGAAUUUAAAAAAUUGAAGAUGGAGAAAGCAGAGAUGUACAUGUAUGUAAAUGACUGAAUGAAAUUGAAUUGUCAUUUGGACCAGUAAUUUAGGUUUUGUACACAAGAAUGAGAGAGAAGCAGAUAUUAUGAUGAGGACUUCUGGUUCAUGUAUGAAAGAUUUUCACGUUAUUUGAUGAGUUGAAAUGAGUGUGUUGUUGUGAGUAACAUGUUUACAAAUGUAAUGGUAUUUUUACAGUGUUGUUAGCAUUAAGUUAAAAGAAUGUUACUCUUUGAGAUAUUAAAAUCAGAUUAUUGUAACAUUGUUUAAAAAUUUUGAAUGGUCAAAUUAUCAUUGUAAAAAUAUGUAAAAAAAUAAACACUCGAUAUAAAUU